ACCCUCGCACUACAGUCACUAUGCCGUCUAUUUGUGUUUUAUUGAUUUAAUAUAGUUUCAUUAAUACAUUUCUGGACGGCCACUCUCCGCCUAUCUCUCUAAUUCACACACACACACACCUACACACCUACACACACACACUCACUCACACACACACACACACACGGGACUUACACUCGCUGACGACUGGACGCCGGCGGUCGCGAUAAAAAAAUUAUACAAAAAAAAUUAGGGUUUAUUUUUUUACUCGGUUUCAUUUUUUUUUAAAUUAUUAUUAUCCAUUUUAUUUUUCUUUCAACAAUACUACACGCGAUGUGCAAUUGAAUUUAUAAUAUAAUAUAUUUAGAGUAUAAGUAAAUAAUUUUUGUUGACAAUACAAUACCAGCUUGACCAUUUGGGAUUGAUAAGAAAAUUGUUGUCGUCGAAGUCGCCGCCGUCGCCGCCGCCGGUUCCACGUUUUCCAUUUUUUUUUUUCUAUGAACCGUGCAGUGCAAUAAUUUCAUCAAAAAUCAGUAAAGUUUUUUUUGAAUUUUUUAUUUUCAAUAACCGGCGCCAGUUUUCGUGUAUGACGUGUGUGUGUGCGUGCGCGUUUGUGUGCCGACCAGCUGCGGACAUUGGGCCGAGUACACAGACGCGACUACCGUAUGACCGUUCUGCACAGCCAAGCGUCGUCCACCAAGAAGAUACCACCCGACUGCAACGAGGGGUCGAUAGAUUCAGACGUUAUAACGAACACAGCGGAUCUGUCUCUAGGCAUCGAAAAAGAAGCGCUGCGGCGCGAAAAUGAGCACAGAGCUCGUUCACAACUACUUAACAGUCGUACAAAACCGGUGGCGUUUGCUGUGCGAACUAACGUGGCGUUCGACGGUAAGAAGGAUGACGAUUCGCCCAUACAAGGCUGCGCCAUCACUUUCGACACUAAAGACUUUUUGCAUAUCAAGGAAAAGUACGACAAUAACUGGUGGAUAGGCCGUUUGGUGAAGGAGGGUUCCGAUGUGGGCUUCAUACCGUCACCAGCCAAGCUGGAACUGCUGCGCCAGAUGAACCCGUCGAGAAGCUCAAAAACCCAUUCUUCCAAAACCUCGUCGUCGUCAAAUUUAGGUGGUGUAAUUAAUGAUAUGCUGACUACCAAUAAGGGGGGCGAUUCAGGGGGUUCUACCCCUACCACUCCCGAAGACGACGAUAUUGCAAGCGGCCGUAUAUCCGCCAGAAGUACUCUGACCGCACCGACUGCAAAAGACAAAAGAAAAAUUUUCUUUAAAAAACAAGAAACCACGCCGCCAUAUGAUGUAGUGCCGUCAAUGAGACCAGUCGUUCUAGUCGGACCUUCUCUGAAGGGCUACGAGGUCACCGACAUGAUGCAGAAAGCUUUGUUCGAUUUUCUCAAACACCGUUUCGAAGGAAGAAUAAUCAUAACACGCGUCAUGGCUGACAUAUCUUUGGCGAAAAGGUCUUUGUUGAAUAAUCCAUCGAAGAGGACCAUAAUCGAGAGUAAACCCGGUUCGAAUUCCCGGUCAAAUAUAAUGGCCGACGUGCAGCAAGAAAUCGAACGAAUUUUCGAGCUCGCCAGAACGCUACAGUUGGUGGUUUUGGAUUGUGAUACCAUUAACCAUCCGUCGCAGCUAGCGAAGACUUCUUUGGCGCCGACCAUAGUGUACUUAAAAGUAUCUUCACCCAAGGUGCUGCAACGGUUGAUCAAGUCUCGAGGCAAAUCGCAAACAAGACACUUAAACGUGCAAAUGGUAGCUUCCGAAAAACUGGCACAGUGUCCACCGGAAAUGUUCGACGUCAUACUGGACGAAAAUCAGCUAGAAGAAGCGUGUGAACAUAUAUCCGAGUACUUAGAGGCGUAUUGGAGGGCCACUCACCCGGCCGUCACGCCAGACCUCAACGAUCCGCCACUGUUGACCCGACCGCUAAGGGGUUCGCCGAGCAUGGACGUGCCAAUGAUGAUGAACAAUUACGGAUCGUCCGAAUAUCAUUCUAUGGAACGGAUGCCUCCGCGUCUGGAACGCAUGCGCACCGAGUACGACGACUACGAGCUCAGCGACCACGACAGCAUGGUGUACGUACCUCCGGCCUCGGCUUACCAGCCGCACCCCAAGACCCAGCAACACCUUCAUCCCCAACAUCCGCAUCAUCAGCAGCAGCACCAGCCAUUGCACCAGAACCACCACCAGCAGCAGCAGCAGCAGCAUCAUCAUCAUCAGCAACAGCAACAUCCACACCAGCCGCAGCAGCACCAACAAAAUCAGCAUCAGCAGCACCAGCAACAGCAUCAGCCUCAGACUCGACCCCAGCAGAGCGUGUCGUUCGACCGGAACGUCACACAGAGAGACGGCGGCGGAAGCGGAUAUGCCCGCCGACCUGGCAGCUCCAAUAACAUGCACCAUCAGUUGUCGUAUCAGCUGGGUUCGCAAACCGACAUGUUGACGCACAGCCCACCGGAGAACUCAUCCGACCACAUGAUGUCGUACAUGUCACCGUCGGUCAGGCCGUCCGCGAGUAGGCGUUCAAACAUGUAAGACCGUAGUAACAACACUGAAACCCACCGAUAACAAUAAAAAAAAAAAAAUGUUUAAAAUCAACUAUAAGUUAUAAAUAAAUAAACGACUAUUCUAUAUUAAAAACAGGGUAAAUUAUGAUGGUCUGCGACGGAUUUCCAUCAUUUUUGUGCAUCCGUCAGGUCAUCGUGACACCCUUUAAUUGUUAUAUUAUAUUAUAAACUACAAAAAAAAAAAAAAAAAUUGCCUUAAUCGGACCAAAUCAAAUAUUUGUUUGCGUUAGCUUAAAACUUAUCAUACAUUCAUACGUUUUUUUUUGUAUAGUAAUAAUCGUAUUACCUACUUAUUAACAAGUAAUAUUUUAUUAAGUGUAAUUAUGAGUUUUUUAACACGAAAAAUUGAAAGAAAAUGCUAAAAAAAAAAUGUUAAAACUGAAAAUGAAAAAAAAAAAAUAAUAAGCGCGUAUUAGUGUGAUAUAUAUAACAUAUAUUACGUUAAUAUUGUAAUAAUAAUAAUAUUAUUGUUAUUUGAGUAUACAUUUUUUUCUAGUAAUACUCGUUUUUAUUUUAAUCAUACAACCGUUCACACACAGGAUAAUGUGGGGUAAUUAAUUUAAUACUGUAAAAGAAGGAAUUUGAUAAAAUUUGAAACAAUUGAUUUAAUAACCGUUUAAAAUUAUUUAUCUCAUAAGGCAUGUUUUGAAAAUCCGAUACUUAUUUUUAUGUAUAUAAAUUUUAAACAUUGAAAACCGAGAAAAUUUGAAAACGAUAAUAAUUGUAUACUAUUAUGAUAAUGUUAAUUUUGUGCUAUGAUACGUAUUGUACUGUUUCGUCGUUUUUUUCUAAUAUAAUAACGUUCCAUUAAUUACAAAAAAAAAAAUGUUUUGAACGCGUUAAAUUUUGUUGGGUCGUUUUAAUAUUUUUAUUUAAAUGUAGGCUAAGUGGCAAAAUUAUACCUCAUCAUUUUGGAAUGUCCCGAUUUCGCCCAACUCUGUAACUCUGUAACUGUUAUCAAAUACUCGUCGGUUUAGUUUUUCUUUGAGUUUUCGUCUGGUGAAGGCUGCCUUAAUUUCUAGUUCAGUCAAAUUGAAGGAAUAACUAAUAAAAGCGACAGUAAUUUGAAAUAAAAACUGUGUACAAUUAAACGUCACAGCGUUUAGAACGUGGUCCAUGUUUGAAAAAAUGCAAUAAUAUCAUUAGCUUAAGUAAAUGUUGAAUAAGGAAAUGUUAAACAAUCAAUGUUGAUGAUCCAGAAAAAAUGUAUAUUCUUAAUUUUUGUUUUAGUUUUUCAUUUUAUGCCUAAUAUUUAAUAUAUAUUUGUGACUCAAAGAUAGGGUUAAUAAUAGCAAGACUGGUUGAACUGGAAAAAGCGUGAAGUUAAAAAUUACUUAUUAAGUUAAUUUAGGUUAGGUUACUUUUUACUGAAAAAAAACAAGGUUGCGCUAAGUUAAUUACUUAUUUUACUAUAUUUUAAUUUAUGUAAUAAAAGUUGCAUAAAAAAUAUUAUUUCAACGAAUAAAUUUGAUUUUACACCAAAAAACAUUUUUUUCGCGUAUACGCAAAUUUUUAACUCGACUGUUAUUUUAGUUAUUUAAACUUAAACUAGUUUAAACUGAAAUUGCUUCGCCCAGCCUUAAAAAAUAUUAAUUAGGGUCAGUUGGGCCUGUAGGCCUAGCUGUUUUCAAAUGAGGCUAACAGAAAUGCAAUUUUUUGGUAAUUAUAAUUGAUAGCAUUUAUAAUAAUAUGUUAAUACGUGUUAAAAACAAAUGUAUUACAAUUUGAAAGCUAUUGGUUAUUAUUAUUUAAAAAAAAAUUGCCUUUACGAUUGAGCCAUUUGGUUACAGUUAGAUUGGUCUGUUUUCGAUCAUUGCCGCCAACUAGAAAUUAAUUCAACGGAGAAAUGUUGUUCUUUAUUUGUUUAAAUGUAUUCAAUUUUGAAUUUAUUUUUUAUGCAAAAGCGUUAUUUUUUAAACCGGAUUCCGUAGUUUUUUUUUAAUUAUUAAGGGUUGUUGCACGCACUGAUCUGGUAACUGGUGUUAAGUGUUACGCAUAUAAUAAACAUGAUAACAUGAUAACAAUCAAUAGAUAAGAUAAAGAUAAGUAAUGUAAACAUCGGCCGCUAUUAGAAAACGGGUUGUACCACUUACCGCGUUGGUAACUAUUUUUCGGAGCUCACGACAGCGCAACUCGUCCGUGGGUUUUCCCAUUCCAAGCCUUUUAUUUUUAUUUUUGGACUUUCGUGUCGCGAAUUUGAUACUACUACUAUUAAAAUUAAUCAAUUAACUAUGUAUAAUAUCAUAAUGUAUAAUUGUUGUUAUUAUUAGUCAAAGCUGUUGUAUAACUUUUGUAGUAUUCGUAUGCAGUGUUGUAGCAAAUGACGGUAAUGUAAUUUUUUUUUUCUUUUCAAAACCCAGUAUUUUUUAGUGAAAAAUGUUUUUUAUUUCGCCAUUGUUAUCCGUACUUGUGUUUGCAUAUGACAUUAAAAAUAAAUAAAUAGGUUUGAUUUUUUAACCGUUGUCCAAAAUUGUGUCUGUUAGAAAAUAUUAUUGCAGAUGGCAAAGCGAUAAACGAUUUAUUUAUUUUUAAUUUUUUACCUAAGACUUAAAAAUAUAUUAUUGUUUGUCAUUAUUGUAUACCUAUUGUGAUGAUCGCUGUUUGCGUAUCGACAAUAUUAUUAUUAUUAUUAUACGUUAAGUCGAACAUGUGCUGUACUUAACGAUUUUUGAUCAUUAAUAUAUUAUAAUAUUUUGUAAGACUAGUGUAAAAUGUAAAGCCAAUACAUUACCUACUAUCAUAUUAUUAUUAUUAUUAUUAUUCGCGCCUAUCCGAAAAUAUUUGUAAUCACAUAACAUAUAUUAUUAUUCUUUACGGUGUUCAAGUGGAAUAUUUGUCCAAGUGAAUUGUUUGAAGCUUUUUUUAGAAUAUUUUA